GAGGAGGCUAACUGUCGCGGCGUUUGUGCUUACAGGCAUUGUCGCCAGCUAGUUCGAACUACUGGGAGAUUUCGAAAGCUUUUGCGUUGUUUCUGGUGUCCAUCCUCUCCCUCUGCUGCUAUGUUGCUCACCCUGUAAUCUUUCAGAAAUAGCUGAUCAUGGAUACAAAGCUUACGGCAUUACUGCGUUGGAGCAAGAGUAGAGCCCUGAAAAAAUCGCGUCUGAUUGUCUUUGCGUGAGCUAUCGCCAUUUGUUCGUCCACGCUGCCUUAGAGUCUAAUGCAGCCGAUGCUGUCAAUGUGGAGAGGAGAAACGCGCAGAGCACGUCAAUGAGAAAUAAAAACAGCCACAGUCACAUUGUGCCUUGUUGAAUAACAAUGCGGGCCUGUUCUUAGCUGGAGGUCUUCGUCGCAAGCAGUGGUUACAGACCCGUGCGCUUGCAAGACUUGCGCAAAACCUGCUGGCAAAUGUAUCGGUUCGGCUGCGAAUUCUGCUCAGGCGAGAAAUAAUGAAAGUUGCCUUAGUCACCGUUGCACUUGUUCUCGUCGUGAUCGUAGUCACAGAAGUGGAGCUCUCGAAAGCAAGAAGUGCACAAGGCCAACACAAUAAUCCCGGGAUCAGAGCCAGAACAUCUGGGACAGCGGGCAGGCGUGCCGCAAGACGCCGACCACCACUGAACAAACCGAGUAAUCGACGCAAACCCAGCCCAGGAGGUAGUAAACCUGGUGGCAAGAAGAAACUGGGAAAUACUGGGCGAGGGUCCCGGAACAAAGAGAACAAGCCUCCAGCACAAUCGACUGGAUCCCAUAAUUCGGAUGGUGAACAUGCGCAUGGCUCCAACAUGUCGGGUGCUCAUGGAGGAUAUGGUGGCAUGGGUGGAUACGGAAUGAUGGAUCCAUAUAUGGGAGGAAUGGGAGGCAUGGGCGCUGCAAUGAUGAUGGUACCGCAAUUGGGAAACACCUUAGGCGGAGCUGCAACCAGCAUCACGAACACGGUUUUGACUAGCCAAAGUGGAAGUAGGAGCUCUGGAAAAGAGGAUGCUGGCACAGAUAGCGGAUCGGAUUCAGAGGACACAGAAAACGAAGGUGGUGAUGACAAGGAUACCAAAGACCAGAAGAAUUCUAAAGAGGACCAGAAACCAGACCGAGGGCCCGAGAACAAGGAGACCAAGCCAAAACCACAAGGGGCUGGUUCACAGACUGCAGGCAAAUGAUACACAGGCAUCGGGGCCAAGCCCUCACUUCGUCUUCUGCUGCAGAUGACCGACAUCGAAAACGCAUACAUUUGUCGUGACGGAACUCAGCAAGUCAAAACAAGCAAAAAUUCUUGCCAACUGUAAAUAUAUUUCUGUAAUUUACAUGCUCUUGAAAAAUUCAAUUUUUCAUGGCGGCUGCUUUCCCUCAACGUGUUGUUUGGACUGUGAGCAGUUUAAUAUUUCCAUUUGCUAAAUAUAAUAUUUUCGGUUUAUUUACCAAAAUACUUAUUCCAAUAAAAAACGAGUUGCGAUUAUUGCAACUACUACUGUU